AUGUGGGUUUUGUUUAAAUUUUAAGAUUUCCCAGCAACUGAUUACAAUUUUCUUACAAUUAAAUAGGGCUCUACUGAUUUAUUGAUAGUUAAAAUCAACCCUUCAAUUUAUUUUCUUUAAUUAAUUGUGUUAGGAAAUAUUUAAAGAGCAGUUGCCUCCAAUAUUAUAGAAAACAAAUGGUUAUUAGUGACUAUCACACUAAUUACUGAUGGGAAUUAUAUUAAUGGUUCAAUUGCUUUUAAAAAUUAUGAAACCCCAGCUUAAACGACAUCAAUAUCUUCUACUGGACCAUAUAAUAGUUUAUUAUAAUAGCAAAGUAUUCAAUUAUAAAUAGGUAAUUUUGCUUACAUGCAAAAAAAAGGAUGUCUAUAAUCGUUAGGAUUUAUAGAUAAUCUAAAUAUUUAUUGGGGUUCUGAUACUGAUACUGUUAACAUGAAUAAUGGAGCUUCCUACUCAGAUGAUUAUACUGCUCAAACAACUGAACUUAUUUGGGAUUACGAUUUCUUUUACACAAAAGCAAAUCCUAACAAGUACUUCAAUAUAGCUUAAUCUAUGCACAAAUAUAUAAAUGGAUUUUAGAGUACUUCAAACACUUUAAUUUUAAAUGGGGGUUAAACAUUUAAAACAGAUUAUAUAAAUUCAUUAUAAAACAAAGGUAUUAUUAUAAGCUUUCACUUUAAAAUAUCCUCAGUACCUCCAGCUUCUUAAAAUUUAAUUCUUAUGAGUAUCUCUAAUUCAGAUAUUAGUAUUUAUAUUGAUAGCUUUGGUAGUUUAAGAUUAUUAGGUGAGUCAGUAAAUGGUUAGAUUGGAAGUGAUUGGUAUUAAAUUGUUUUGAUCAUAAAAAAUGCUUAGUUAAAUGAUAUCUACUUAUUUUUAAGUAGAACAUAAAAAAUUAAAACAUAUUAUUAAAAGCUUUCAAUUGGUUAGCUGCAGUUUGGAGAUCCAAGUAAUAAAAUUACUAUUGAAUUUAAUCAUAUUAGGUAUUAUAAAGGUGCUUAAGUUUUUCUAGAUUAGGGGUAUUGCUUUUUAUCUAAUUAAGAUUUAAAAACUUGUUUAAUGUGCUAAGAUUCAUAUCCAAUUAACUACAAAGAUAAUUUAAGCUGUUCUAAUAUUCCAGGAGCGUUAAAAUUCAUUGAUUGGAACAAGGACUCUCCUGAUUGCCCAUAUGAUAUGAUUUAUGAUUCAUCAGCUAAUUGUGUUUGCAUGAAAUAGUUUUUUAAGACUACGGAUAACAGAUGCUCUAAAUGUCCAGAUUAUUGUGAUGAGUGUACUGAUAAGAAUACUUGCGUUAAGCAAGAUCCUAUGAGAAAAGUAGAUGGAAGAUGUCCUGAUCAAUAUUUUGAUGAUGGAUAUUCAUGUAUAUUAAUAUCGUAAAAGCUAACUAUUUAAAAAAAAAUAAACUUGAUUAGUUACUUCGAUCAAGUUUAAUUCUUGUCUUUUAAUAAUGUCUAGAUGCAAUUACCUUCAACAGGUCCUUAUUCAUUUUUCUUUUGUUUUAAUUUUUCAUUUGAUGCUUCAACUCCAAGUAAAAAGUUUGCAGUUAUUAGUGAUUCCACCAAUGAAAUAUUUUCCUUUUAUUAUUAAGCAUCUUCAUCGCCAUCAAUAAGUUUUCCUUCAAUAAAAGUAUCAUAUCUAAGUACUACUUUUACUGAAGCUUUCAUCAAUUUUAAAGAACCUGUUUGGAUAUCUUUUUGGACAGAUAUGACUUAAGUUUUUUUGCUUAUUUAAAGCUAUUCAUAAUUUUUUUCAGAUCUACAAGUCUUAUCUAGCAAUAUCAAAUUAACUGAUCCUUUUAUUUGUAUAGGUCUUUGUAAUGCUGAUUUUAUAAGUUCUCCCUCAUUAAAAUCAUUAGUUUUUAUUUAAGCUAUGAAUAAUCCAUCUAAUGAUGAAAAUACUCUACAACAAUUUUUAUCUCCCCAAGUACAAAAAAUUGCUAUUUUCGAAAUUUUGGCGGAUUCUGAUUUAUCUUAAGUUUAUAAUAAUAAAAUUGUAAAAAAUAAAAAUUUAAAACUUUAGUACGUUAAUAUACCUCAAAUAGAUGAAUUGAAUGGGUUUAUGUUUACCCAAAUAUCUUAUGCUACAGUUUUGAAUAUAGAUCUUAAAUAUUGGAUUUCAUUUUAUUGCACUAUUUUACCUGUAAAAAUAAAUUAAUAGGUAUCUCUCUUGAGUUAUGAAGUAGACUAGACAAUUGAAUACUUUCUUGUUCCCUAAGGAGAAAAAAUAUAAAUAAGGAUUUGCUAUUCCUAAUAAUGCAUAGAUACAAAAUAUUCCAUGCUCAAUUUAAAUUAAAGCAAUAAUUUAUUAAUUUUAAUGAGAAAUAAAACUCCAUUUUCAGCAAAAAUUUUAUUUAUUGAAUUUGAAGUAGUUUGUAAUUAUAAAAGAGAACAAAUCUAAUUUUUAAAUCCUCUAUAAACAAUAAAUAAAGAUAAAUUAAACUUAUUCAUUGGUCUAUAGAAAAAUGUAACUUCAGAUUAUUUAUUUUAUCUUAAUAUGAUUAAUAUUGAUUAAGGUGAUGGGUUUUAUUACUUCGAUUAUACUAAAUUAGAAGAUUGCUUCAUAUUUAUAAAUAUAGUAUAGAUGUAAUGUAUAAUUUAUAAAAAUAAUCUAUUAAUGCUCUAAAAUAAUCUAUAAACCAUCUUAAUUAAUGAAAAGUAAUGUCUUGAAUAAAUUGUAUAAUAGGGUUAUUAGAUGUUUGCUAACUAUUAGGCAAGACAGUGCUAAUUACGUUGCGCUGACGGAUACUACAAAGACCCAAUUUCUAAAAGAUGCUUCAAAUGUUUUCCAUAAUGUAAAACUUGCUCAGGCUCAAGAAGUAAUUGCACUUCAUGCAAUUAUUCAGAUUAAUAGCUUCCUUUGUGCAAUUGUAUAUAUUCAAAUUUUUUUUUAAACGAACAAAAUCAGUGCUAGAAAUGCUCUGAAAAGUGUAGAUCUUGCACUUAAAACGAAAAUUUAUGUUUAUAAUGCUCUGCUGAUAGAGUAAAUCCUCCUAAAUGUGAAUGUGAUCCUUUCUAAUUUUUAGAAAUAAAUAAUUAAUGUAUUAAAAUUGAAUCAUGUGAAAAAGAUUGUAGAAAGUGCAAAUUUGAUUCUUCAAAUAAUAAAACUCUUUGUUACUAAUGUAAAGAUGGAAGGACAAAUCCUCCUUAAUGCGAUUGUUUACCAAAUUAUAGGAGUAAUUAAGAUGGCACAUGCUCACCCUGCCCUUCUUCUUAGUACUUUGAUAAAAAUAUUUAAGACUGUUAGCCAUGCUCUUUACCUUGUUAGACUUGCUAAAUUUCUGCAAGCUACUGCACUAGCUGCUCUUAAAAUUUGUAAUUAAAAAAUAAUCAAUGUAGCUGCUCUAAUGGGUUAGAAGUAUAUUAAAUGAAAUAAAAUAGCUAAGAAAAUGCAUGUAAAUAACAUAUGAACGUUAACCUAUCAGUUUAACUUAAAGAUUCAGCUUAUUAUGUUAUUUUUAAAUUCGAUCACGAUCUUAAGCAAAUUGAUUUUAAAAAUCUAUAAUUUGAAAAUUUGAUUUAAUUAAUUCUUUCUGAAGUCUCCCAAAGCCUCUAUUCAUUCAACAACCCUGAAAUAGAUGGAAAUAAUCUUAUAGUUAAAAUUGAUAUAUAUCAGAGUAUCAAGGCAACUAUAGGAAUGGCUCUUUUUAAACAAACAAAUUUAUUUGUUAGUGACGAUGAAAAAUAUGUUUUGAGCUCAAAUUAUUUAAAGCAACCAAUAUAAUUCUAAGUCGGUCCAUACAUUUUUUAAGAAGCUGUUUUCAAUAAAGAUUUAUAAUAAUUGGUGAAUGAAAUUAAAAAUUCAAAUAAUUAAGAUCUUUUGAAAUUAAUAUAAUAAAUGAAUUUUGUUUUUUAUUUGCUAAACACGGUACAACCUUCUAACCUCUUUAUGCUCUUAAAGCUUCAUUUCCCUCCAAAUUUGUUUAUGUUUUACUAGAUUAUAGGUAGUUUUAUUUAUCCUGGCAUAGUAGAUUACAUGUCAAGCAACUACAAAUAAAAUUUUUAUUUGUUUGGUUAUGGAUUAAAUCAAACAGAAGUACACUUGAUUGAUAAUUCUAUGUUUCAAAGAAUAGGAUUUUCUAACAGUUUUAUUGUCAAUGCUCCAGUUAUUAUUUUGAAAUAUUUAAUAUUAUUAUUUAUUAUGAUUUUAAUAUUAAUUUCAAAACAAUUUUUAAGUUUUAAAUCGGCAAAUACUCUUGAUAAGCUAAAUAAAAUAAAUCAAAUACUUAAACAAAGAAUAAAUGCAGAAAAUGAAGUUAAUUUAUUGAUGGUAUUAUUAUGUAUUUUAACCCAGUUCACAACAUUUGAGCAAGAUAUAUGGUCAGUAAGAUAUGGAUAUUAUGCUGCAACAUAUUAAACUAAAAGAAUAUGA